UGCCCCCAGAAGCAGAGGCUCGGUUUCGUCCUCCGUUACGAGCAUUUAGAGACUCCCUCCUCUCCGCCCACCGCGCGUUCAGAUCCGGCAGCGGCGAUGCUUUCCGGCGCUCGAUCUCUCUCUUCCCUCCCCGCCGCUUUCCACCUCUUCCUCCUCCUCUUCCUCGCCGCCUCAGCUUCCGCCUCCGAGUCCGACCACAAGUACCAAGCUGAAGACCCGGUUACUCUCUGGGUAAACAAGGUUGGCCCUUACAAUAACCCUCAAGAGACAUAUAAUUAUUACAGCCUUCCAUUUUGUCAUCCAUCUAAGAACCUUGCACACAAGUGGGGUGGGCUAGGGGAGGUCCUCGGUGGAAAUGAACUGAUUGACAGCCAGAUCCAGAUAAAGUUUCAACGCAAUGUUGAAAAAGGCUCCAUUUGUGCUCUUGAGCUUGAUGAUGCAAAAGUUGCGCAAUUCACAAGUGCUAUAGAGAACUCAUAUUGGUUUGAAUUUUUCAUUGAUGACUUGCCGUUGUGGGGUUUUGUUGGAGAGAGUGAUAAAAACAACAAAGAUAAGCAUUAUCUUUACACACACAAAAACAUUGUCAUCCAACACAAUGGAAAUCAGAUUAUUCAUGUCAAUCUCACUCAAGAAAGUCCUAAACUUCUGGAAGUUGGGAUGAAAUUGGAUAUGACAUAUUCAGUCAAAUGGUUGCCAACUGAUGUGGCAUUUUCUCGCCGUUUUGAAGUUUAUUUGGAUUACCCUUUCUUUGAACACCAGAUUCACUGGUUCUCUAUCUUCAAUUCUUUCAUGAUGGUUAUUUUCCUCACUGGCCUGGUAUCAAUGAUAUUGAUGAGGACUCUCAGAAAUGACUAUGCAAAAUAUGCGCGUGAAGAUGAUGAUCUUGAGACUCUGGAAAGAGAUGUUAGUGAAGAAUCUGGAUGGAAACUUGUUCAUGGUGAUGUCUUUCGACCUCCACGCAGGCUGGUUCUUAUUUCAGCUCUUGUUGGUACCGGUGCUCAGCUGGCAAUGCUUGUUCUUCUAGUAAUUUUGUUGGCAAUUAUUGGAACAUUAUACAUUGGGCGAGGAGCUAUUGUUACCACUUUUAUAGUGUGCUAUGCUCUUACCUCAUUUAUUUCGGGCUAUGUCAGUGGUGGACUUUACUCACGUAAUGGUGGUAAAAGUUGGAUAAAGGCAAUGAUCCUCGCAGCAUCAUUGUUUCCAUUUUUGUGCUUUGGGAUUGGCUUCAUGCUUAACACAAUCGCUAUAUUUUAUGGAUCACUAGCAGCUAUUCCAUUUGGGACAAUGGUGGUUGUGUUCAUAUUAUGGGCUUUCAUCUCCUUUCCAUUGACACUUCUAGGCACUGUUGUUGGUAGGAACUGGAGUGGUGCACCAAACAACCCAUGCCGUGUGAAGACCAUUCCUCGUCCUAUCCCUGAGAAGAAAUGGUAUCUUACACCUUCUGUUGUGUCACUUAUGGGAGGAUUGCUUCCAUUUGGUAGUAUCUUCAUUGAGAUGUACUUUGUCUUCACAUCAUUCUGGAAUUACAAGGUAUAUUAUGUGUAUGGGUUUAUGCUACUUGUUUUUCUGAUCCUCAUAAUUGUGACCAUUUGUGUGACCAUAGUUGGCACAUACUUUUUGUUGAAUGCUGAGAACUAUCACUGGCAGUGGACUUCAUUCCUUUCUGCUGCCUCAACAGCUGUCUAUGUAUACCUUUACUCUGUAUAUUACUACUAUGUGAAGACCAAGAUGUCAGGGUUUUUCCAGACUAGCUUCUACUUUGGCUACACCUUAAUGUUUUGUUUGGGAUUAGGAAUACUGUGUGGUGCUGUGGGUUAUCUUGGCUCUACUCUAUUCGUGAGAAGGAUUUACAGAAACAUUAAAUGUGACUAGCUGCAGCCACAACCGGAAGAUUAAUACCAUAUCCUCCCUACAAAAUUUUGAAACAGACAGAAUGUUAAUCAGGUUGAUAGUUGGAUUGCCGAUAUGAGCUAAUGCUGCUUGUGCAAAUUGUAUGCGAGGGAUGCGCUAGCUUCAUUCUUUUUUUUUUUUUUGUACUUUCCUUUCACAAUUGUUUUCUUUCUGUUUUGGACUUGAGAUUUUAAUUCUUUUUUAGGUUACAUUUGGUCAUCAGCCUUAAUAUACCUAUAGCCUAGUCAAGCAUUAAUCUUCCUCUCGAAAACAUGGUCAGACACCUUUUCUUGUAUGCAUCGCAGCAUAUUAUACUUGGAUUUAUUACAUCCAUUCUGUACUGGAAGUGAUUGCCAUUUUUGUUAUAAUCCUGAUCAUAUUUUUGCAA